AUGGAUCACCCUAACAUUGUACUCAGGGACGUCGCUGCUCUCGCAGCUUGCGAGGAUUUCGAGCUUCGCGACGCAACUAAUCUGAAGAAGAUUGUGGUAGCGAUUCCGGGCUCUGUGGGGACACCGUAUGAAACAGGGGUGUUUGAGGUUGAAUUGCAUAUUCCUAGGAAGUACCCCUAUGAAAGUCCUAAGUUUCUCUUCAAGACUAUAAUCUUUCACCCGAACAUAGGACCAGAGGGUGUUGUCUGUGUUGAUAUGCUUGAUGAUAAAUGGUACCCAUCGUAUACUUUGGAAACAGCCUGUCUCUGCAUGCAGACUCUGAUGAGAGACCCCAACCCAAUGUCACCUUUAAAUGUGGAAGCAGGCAGGAUGAUGAGGAGGGAUCAAGAAAUGUUUGAAAGAACAGUAGUGAUGUGGACCAAGAUUUUCGCUAAGGGUACACACAGCUACCCGGACUACGAAGAGAAACUCUCCAUUAUCAGUGCCCUGAAUGGAGACAUUGCUGAAGCACUGAGGGCCCUCACUUCACAUUCUUGGGACCAGCAUGAAGCUUCUCAGCGUGUAACAAUCAUUGACCCUGAGGAUUGUAGUUCAGCAGUUGUAUGUAUGGAGUUCUUUACUGUACCUGGAGAGCUACAGACCAAGCUCGAUUCGUGA